UCCUCCACGCUAUUUAACACAGUCCGCGUGGCGCGUCAUGCCGCAAGUUAACCUCCACAACGUGCGCACUUGGUGAGCAGCUAGCUCCUCCGUCUGUCUGUCUCCAUGGGAAGCAUGCCGGAGAAGCCCCGCCAUGGCUUCGGCAGCCUGGUGACCGGCCUGCAGGAGGUGUGCGAGAGCGGCAUCACCAAGGACCUGGCGUGGCGGCGCUCGCAGCUCAAGGGGAUCAUCAGGCUCCUCACCGAGAAGGAGGAGGAGAUGUUCGACGUGCUUCGCGAUGACCUCGGCAAGCACCGUGCUGAAUCCUACAGAGACGAGAUUGGGGCUCUCGUCAAGUCCGUCAACCACACGCUGCGAAACCUGGAGAGAUGGGCGGCGCCCGAGAAGGUUCAAGCGCCGCUGGUUUCAUUCCCGGCCACCGCGCUCGUGGUGCCCGAGCCGCUCGGCGUAGUGCUCGUAUUCUCCUGCUGGAAUUUGCCAUUAGGUGAGACUAACUUUUUUGUUGUACACUAUAAAUGUUGAUUCAUACGGUACAUAUUUUGACAAAUUGCGACAUAGUAGUACUCCCUCCGGCGCAAAUUAAUUGAUUUAGCCAUAUAUUAUGUAUUCAGUACAAG